AUGGGACACAGCCGCAUCGUGUGCCUCCUGGUACGCGGCGUCACGCCCGUGUGCUCCUGCUCCGAGUGCAUGACCAAGAAGACGGACCCCCUUAGCCGUCACCCCUGCGUCCCUCCUCCCACCCGGCCUGAGCCGCCGCGCGCCGCGUUCCGUCCCUGGGCAUCGGCCCUUGCGGACGUUUCCUGUAAACGGAACAUGCGCCAGGUGGCCUUUGGCCAGAUCUUCUCCUGGAGGCACCCCGAAGUCUCCGUCCUGGGCCCCAUCCUGGUUCUGCUGUUUGCUCUGGGCCAAAGUGCCUCCCAGGUGCCACGAGGUGCCCCCGCCGCCUUCCCUAAUGGCACAGCCCCAGCACAGGCGCUGCCUUCCCCAGCAGAAGCUGUGGGUCCUUGUCACUUAGAAGCCAUGAGGCCUUGCCGGGCCCUGCCAGCCUCGGAAGCCAGAGGGGACUCUCACUUCUCGGAGCGGGCCCAGCCCGGUUCUGAGUCCCCAGCAUUCUGCCUCCAGCCAGAUGUCCCAGCGCUAGGCAGCUCGGCUCCCCACCCGGAGGCCAGCCGGCUUCUUGGGGAGCAGCGGUCAUCCAGCGCGGGGCCCGCAGCCUUCUCCCAGGGCCAGGGGAGCGCGUGCUGGUGUCAGAUCCCCACCUCGUCCACCCAAAAGCCUGUCUCCGUCCUCUUUAGCAGCCGCUUCCAGCCAGGCGCAGCCUCACGGGGUGCCCGGGCACCAGACAGAACCGCCAACGGUUUGCAGAUGGCCGGGCCCCAGGAGACCAUGCCAGCCCUUCCUCUGAGAGAAGGUGCCCAGAUGGCUGCUGCCACGUCCAUCCCCCUCCCCACCCUGAAGCGCCGCUUGUUGGACCAUCCCCUGGACCAGGGGCUUCUCCAGCCAACCCAGUGCCUCUGCGGCCCCCCGUUGGCCCCAAUCCCCAACUCACCGAAGAAGCCCAAGACUCAGGCCUCUGGGGACACGUUCCCCAGCGACUGGAGCCCACCGCCUGUGGAGUUCCUGAACCCGCGGGGGCCACAGCGCAGCCAGCUGGCCCCAGCCCGGAGCUGGGGGGAUGCAGUGAGGCCGCAGAGCCCAGGGGGCCUGGCCCAGCAGCCGCCCAGGCCAUGGGAGCAGCAGGCCCCAGACUCGGACCCGGAAGAGGCCCUCAUCUCACUGAAGGAGCUGUUCUGGAGCAUGGCGUCCCCGAGCCGGCCAGCCGCGGCCCUGCAGUUCCUCUCGGGACGCUCCGAGCCCUACGUCAACAGCUUGGACUGCUUACUGCAGGAGAAGAGGGAGCAGGCCCUGGAGCAGGAGCGGGAGGAGCGGCUUUUGCAGGACUUCCCCCACCUCACCUCCUUGGACCCCGUGGAAGAUGAGGUGGCUCUCAUGCCGGAGCACAGGAGGCUGGUGGAGAAGUUCUCCGUGUCGCUGCAGGCCUUCCCGCCCGUCCAUCCCGGCGAGACUGUGUUUCUGCCCAGGAGCCACCCCUGCCCGUGCAUCCUGGACUCCUCCCAGCUGAAGCCACAGAGCCACCUCGAAAGGCUGUUCCUCAGCUCCCCGCCGGCCCAGCAGCUCUCCUUCCUUCACAGCGGCCUCCUGAGCAACCUCUACCUGCACGCGCCCGCCCGCCCCGUCCCGCUGCUCCGCUGGCUCUUCCAGCUGCUGACAUGGCCUCCAGAAACUUCUUUGGGAGCCUUUGGUCUCCUGUGGGAUCUCAGUGUGGACUGGCUCUUCCGUCAGCCUGAUAAAGAGGUCACGCCUCUGUGGUGCCCCACGGUGCAAGAGGUUGUCGAGGCGUUUCACAGCCUGGGAGCCCAGAGCCCGGCUCCGUACCCCGUGGGGCCUCUUUGGUCAGGAGGCAACGUGCUUGAAAAUGGAGCUAGCGAGCACUGCAGCGGGCAGCCGGGCGCCCCUCAGGAGCCUGCCUUGGACGCCAGCCUUAGCUACAUCUGCAAGUUCCUGAGCCUGUGCGUCCUGGCCCGGCCGGAGGCCUACAGCGACCAGAGCCUCCUGGGCCUGAUGGAGCUGUUCUGCCGGGCCGGCCUGGACACGGGGCUGCGCCUGCUGCCCAAGACCGACCUCCAGCAGCUCCUGCUCCUGCUGCUGGAGAACGUCCGGGAGUGGCCGGGGAAGCUCCAGCCCCUGUGCUGCGCCCUGAGCUGGGUGUCGGACCACCACCACAACCUGCUGGCGCUGGUGCAGUUCUUCCCAGACGUGACCCACCGGGGCAGGCAGCUCCGGAGCCAGCUCAGCCUCGUGGUCAUCGCCCGGAUGCUGGGCCAGCAGGAGACGCUCCCCCUCUGGCAAGAGAAGACCCAGCUGUCCUCGCUCGGCCGGCUGCUGAGCCUCAUGGGGCCUGCGUCCCUCAGGCAGUGCUUGGCCUCCGCUGCGGGACCCGGCCCCCCCCGCCAGGAGCAGCAGCCCCAGUCGAGUGCUGAGCUCGACCACCAGGUCUGCUACCUGUGCCACAGCCUCCUGAUGCUGGCCGGACUGGUGGUCGGCUGCCAGGACAUCGCCCCACACCAGUGGGGCGAGCUGCAGCUGCUGUGCAUGCACUUGGACCGCCACGUCAGCACCCACAUCCGGGAGAGCCCCCAGGCCAUGCACCGGACCCGGCUGAAGGACCUGGCCGCCCAGACCUACGUCCGCUGGCAGGAGCUGCUGGCCCACUGCCAGCCCGAGGCCCAGUACUUCAGCCCCUGGAAGGACACCUGAAGGAGCGAGCCGAGGCCUGCCCGGGGAACGGAGGAAACUGAGGAGCCAGGCCAGAGGACACCCCGAUGCUGCCCAGCCCACCCCGCUCCCCUCCCUGCUGUGUCCCCUUCCCAGAGGCUCCGUCUCCAUAGCUCUGGCUUCCGUUCCCGGCCUCGGCAGCCCCCCGUCUCCUCUCUCCCCGUCGCGAAUGUGAGGUCUCUU